AUGUUGGGGGUCCCGCGGUUGAUCGGCCCUUCUACCAGCAGUGCGCUGGUGGUGACUGAGCUCUUUUGCCCCAGUAGCCUACAGGUUAUGAGACCAUUAAGUGUGAGCCCCGCUGUGGUCAACAUGCAUGGGUUUGAUCCCAGAAUGGACUUAAGAAUUCCAAACAAAUACCCUGGACAUUUAACAGUGCCAAGAGACAUCCUAGGAGUGUGCCCUAGAAGUCCCUUGAGCCCUAGGACUGAGUCCACUGAGAGGAGCCACUAUGGGGAGCCACUGAAAGGAGCCACUGAGAGGAGUACUGUACUCUGUGGUAGCUGGUCCGAGGGGUGUUGGGGGUCCCGCGGUUGA